AAGAGAAGCAACCUCAUUGUAUAAAGCGCAAAAGAGAAAUUUACGUGUUUUGCAUAUUUUAUUGGGGUACAUAUUUUCUCCAUUGUUUUUCUUUGACGGAUGGAUUUUAGAUGUGAGCGGCUUAGGACAAGCUUGUUAUCGUAGAGAUAGAAGGGGCGAAUUAUCAAACGCUGAACCCGUUCGUCAUCCUUUAUAUUCAGAGAUUCAGUCAUUCAGUGCACAGUCAUCAAAAUUUCUUCAUUUAAAAAUAAACAAAUAGCUGAAGAAUGGAAACGAGGAAAUUUCUACGUCAUUGAAGAAAGAGAUUUAGAUGCAUAAAAGAUGUUGAUGAUUUUAUGCGGAACGUGAUAUUGGCUCGAGAUGAAAUUCAGAGAUACCAUCGUGAUGCAUUCAUAGAAUAUCAUUUUCCAAUCUUGUGUGUUCCUGUUUUUAUUUUUUCAUUAUUGGAUAAGAAUAGAAAUAUCCUGUGACGAUGAAAGUUAAAUUCAAAUAUUCCUUGCAAUCACUAUUCCGGAAUUACUUUGUUUACGUCCUGUUGUGGUUUCUGAUGUAUGUGGAUGUUAGGUCACAAUUUAAUAACAUGUUUUCUGUCCAAGAUCCACCCGAUGACCCUUGUUAUGAUGAAAGGGGUGAACCCAAAAUGUGCAUUCCUGAUUUUGUGAACGCUGCUUUCGGACAAGAGGUGGUGGCUUCUAGUACGUGCGGGUCACCACCGAGCCGGUAUUGUCAGUCGACAAGAGAAAAGGACAGAGUGAUAAGAAAUUGUUUUAUCUGUGAUGCUAAGCAUCCAAAAAGAAUGCAUCCCCCAUCAUAUCUAACAGACCUCAACAAUGCCAACGACUUGACAUGCUGGAUGUCCAACACGUAUUUACAAUACCCUCAGAAUGUUACUUUAAAGCUAGCUCUGAACAAAAAAUACGAGCUCACUUACAUAAGCUUACAAUUCUGUUCAUCGAGACCAGAAUCCAUGGGAAUAUUUAAAAGUAUGGAUUAUGGUAAAACUUGGAUUCCAUUUCAAUAUUAUUCCAGCAGCUGUAAAAAGAUGUUUGGAAAAUCUCCCAAAGGCGUUGUUUCGCGAUCUAAUGAGCAAGAAGCACUUUGUACGGAACAGUAUAGUAGCAUCGAACCAUUAAACGGGGCUCGGGUGGCAUUUAGUACCCUAGAGGGUAGACCGUCUGCAUAUGAUUUUGAAAAUAAUGCCAUUCUUCAAGACUGGGUCACCGCUACCGAUAUUAUGAUUGUCUUCAACCGACUUAACACUUACAAUGAUGAGAAUGAAGAUGAUGAUGGGGUGAGGGAAAGUUAUUAUUACGCCAUGUCCGAUUUGGCUGUAGGGGGAAGAUGUAAGUGUAACGGCCACGCUUCUAAAUGCGUCAAAAAUCGCGCUGGAAACUAUGUCUGUGAGUGCAGGCACAAUACGGCGGGAAACGACUGCGAAAAGUGUAAACCUUUCCAUUUUGACCGACCGUGGGCCAGGGCCACUUCUGCAGAUGCCAAUGCAUGUGUUGCUUGUAAUUGCAAUCUUCACGCCCGCCGUUGCCGUUUUAACAUUGGUCUGUACACACUCUCUGGACAAAAGAGCGGUGGGGUGUGCAUCAAGUGCCGCCAUAAUACGGCUGGCCGUAACUGCAAUUAUUGUCGCCAGGGAUAUUACCGAGACCCUCAAAAACUGAUUACGCACCGUAAAGCGUGCAAAGCAUGUAAUUGUAAUUUGCAUGCGAGACGCUGUCACUUCAAUAGGGAGUUGUACCUCCUUUCUGGGCAAAAGAGUGGAGGAGUGUGCCUCCGCUGCAAACACAACACGGCCGGGCGGUUUUGCCACUAUUGUCGAGAAGGGUACUACCGCGACCCCACAAAAACUCUAACUGAUAGAAGAGCGUGUAAAGCUUGCAACUGCCAUCCCGUGGGAGCCCUCGGAAAAAUAUGUAAUCAAACUUCCGGUCAGUGCCCCUGUAAAGAUGGCGUCAUCGGAAGAACAUGCAACCGUUGCCAUAGUGACUACGAUCAGACGGCAUCGUUGAUACAACCUUGUAUCAUUGCAACGACGACAGCACCACCCUUUAUAAAUACUACCACAGAUGGCGCUCCAACUAAGAGACCAAAAACUACACCACCUGUUAAACCGCAGAGAAAAGACAAGUGUUCGAAAUGCAGAAAGAAACAGAAAAGACUAAACCUUCGCAAAUUCUGUCGAAGAGAUUAUGCGAUCCAGGCCAGUAUACUGUCUCGCAAAACGGAAGGAGAGUGGGUGAAAUAUACCAUCAAUGUUAUCAGUAUAUACAAACGCAAUUCCCAACAGAAACGAGGCGAAACAUUCCUAUGGGUUCCCAAACGCGAUGUGAAAUGUAAAUGUCCGAAACUACGGCUAGGCAGACGGUAUUUCCUAAUUGGUAGAAUGCGGAACCCGUAUGGAAAACCCGGAGGGUACAUUGCAGAUAAAAGUACAGUUGUGAUUAGGCAUCGGGAACGAUGGCACAAAAGAAUAAGAUUAUUCACAAGGAAAGAGAGAAGGGGAAAGUGUAAUAGUUCAGAUCGUAGGAAACGAACAUAAUGUAUGAGCAGGAUUUAUGUCUUGAUGGUUGUGAACAAAUGAAAGCCAAACCAAAGAUUUUUUACCAAACAGAAUUAUGUUUUGGUGGGUGCUGCAAUUAAAGAAUUGAUAUGGACGCCCUCUUAAACUACAAAGCACUUUUGAUUGUGAUUUUAUUGCUUAAACAAAAGAGGACAACGUUUUAAUCACAAGGUUAUUCCGAAAAGGAAGUGACACGUGAUUACCUGAGGUCAUGUGACGUGUGAAUAUUACAGUGACAGCCAAAAGUUAAGACUGCCUUUUUAUUCAAAAGUAUUAUCACAUAGGACCUUUUCCACCGUUGACUCUUUUGUUUAAUAAGAGAGACAAGAGAAAAUUACUUUUUCAAGUCGGAUUUCGUUUUCAGUUUGUAGACUUGAAGUUGAAAUGGCGAACAUUAUGGAUUGUGUUUAUAUUUUAAUUUGUAUAUUUUGCCAAAGUAGAUACAUUUCGCUGUUCAUUUCCACUUUGUUAUAAUGAAAAGCAAAUUUGUUGUAAAUAAGCUGUUUUAUAUGAUGUAAUACCGAAUUUUCAGCACAUGAUAUUAAGUACUUCAUUUUGGGUAAUAUUUUUUGAAUUAAGAGAUGACGCACAAUCAAUUUCCUUAACGAUUAUUCUGCUCGAAAUUUGAUUUCGCAAUAUCGACGAUAGUUCAUGUUAAUUAAAUCACCAUGAUAAAGCGUGUUAAUUUCUACUAUUAUGCUGAAACAAGGUUAUUUCCUAAUAGUACAUUGUCAUGUCAAUUUCUAGGUAUCGUAAAGACGCAGAAAAUAGCUGCAAUUUAGAUUAUGAAAUGGAAUACUCCGAGUCUUCGUGGUCAGUAAACGUUCUCGUGAUGUCAUAAGUUGUAUUAUUUAUAUUCAUUUACUUAUCUGUUGUAAUUAUUGUUCACAUUAUUUGUAAUUAAAUGUAUUUUAAUUAAGAAGGCUAUAAAUAUCCGUCAUUUCUUAAACCUCAACACGUGAACCCAAAUAAAAUUAUUUGAAAUAUC